AGUAAUUUUUAUAAAAGUUUUUUAAAUAAAAAAAAUCUAAACAUUUCCGAGCUACGCACAUAAUACAACCUCAAAUCACUCCAAAAAAAGGAUAACACCCAACAAAAUUAUUUGAAAAAACAAAACUACGCACAUAAUCGAGAAGUAAAAUGUCUAAAACACCGUCUUUCGAUAAAGAUCGUGAUUACAUUGGUUUUGCAACACUUCCCGAACAAGUACAUCGAAAAUCUGUAAAACGUGGAUUUGAAUUUACUUUAAUGGUUGUUGGUGAAUCAGGUCUAGGCAAGUCUACGCUUAUCAAUAGUUUAUUCUUAGGAGAUCUGUAUAAAAAUCGUAUUAUACCAAAUGUCGAAGACAGAAUUGAAAAGACCACCAGAAUUGAAAAGAAGACCAUGGAUAUUGAAGAGAAAGGUGUGCGUUUGAGAUUGACAGUAGUGGACACUCCUGGAUUUGGUGAUAGCAUUAAUUGCGAGGAUAGCUGGCGUGUAUGCACAGCAUAUAUUGAUGAACAGUUUCGUCAAUAUUUCACUGAUGAAAGUGGCUUAAAUCGUCGCAAUAUACAGGACAAUCGAGUACAUUGUUGUUUAUACUUUGUCCCACCUUGGGGUCACAGUUUACGACAAAUGGAUCUGGAUCUGAUAAGGCGUUUACAUCGCAAAGUCAACAUUGUUUUGGUAAUCGCUAAAGCCGAUUGUUUGACUAAAGCAGAAGUGCGCAAAUUGAAAGAAAAUAUUUUACAAGAUCUUGAAGAUAAUAAAAUACAACUUUAUCAAUUUCCUGAAUGCGAUUCAGAUGAAGAUGAUGACUUUAAGCAACAAGAUCGUGAACUGAAAGCCUCAAUACCAUUUGCUGUGGUAGGCAGUAACACCAUUUUGGAAGUGGCUGGGAAAAAAGUACGUGGUCGACAAUAUCCAUGGGGUGUCGUCGAUGUUGAGGAUCCUGAGCACAGUGAUUUCAUAAAGUUGCGUACUUUUCUCAUUUCCACACAUAUGCAAGAUCUGAAAGAUACAACUCAGGAUGUGCAUUAUGAAAACUUUCGUGCCCAGUGUAUUUCGCAAAUAUCGCAACAUGCGUUGCGUGAGCGCGGGAAAUUGAAGCGUGAUUCUAUUAGUUCCACGAAUGGCUUCGAUGCCGCUAUUUCAGAAACAGAUCGUCUGCUAUUACAGAAAGACGAGGAAAUACGACGCAUGCAAGACAUGCUCACACAAAUGCAAGAGAAACUCAAACAAACACAUCUCAUGGAAAUGAAGAAGAAUGACAGUGUUAUAGAUGUUUAAUUUUGCGGAUUAACGGAUUAA